CGGCGGAGGGGAACGAUGCUCCCGAGAAGCCCGAGCCUGGCCCUCCUCCUCCCGGCCCUGCUGCUGCAGCUGCGGCCGCUGGACGCCCAGUACGAGAAGUACAGCUUCAGAAGUUUCCCCCAGCAGGACGUCAUGCCGCUGGAGUCCGCCUACAACUACGCGCUGGAGCAGUACGCGGAGCAGAACUGGGCCGAGAGCGUGAAGUACCUGGAGCUGAGCCUGCGGCUCCACCGGCUGCUGCGGGACAGCGAGGCGUUCUGCGGCCGCAGCUGCAGCUCGGAGAGCCGGGAGCACGAGCCGCCGCGCCCCGACGCCAGCCUCCGGCUCGUGCGCCACAUCCUGCUGAGAGCUGCGUGUCUCAAAAAGUGCAAGGCGGGUUUCCCCGUGUUCACGCUGCCCUACCCGCGGAGGGACUUACUGGAAACCUUCGAGAAACGGACACCGUACAAGUACAUCCAGUACGCGCACUACCAGCUUAACAACUUGGAGAAAGCCGUCGCAGCAUCUCACACCUUCCUAAAGAAAAACCCAAAGGAUCCGUCUCUUACUAAAAACAUGAACUACUACAAGACGUUGAUGGAGGUGGAUGAACACCUCGUCGACCACGAGGAGCAGCCGUACGAGAGCGUUUUCCUGAAGAGCGUGAUGCUCUACAACAACGGAGACUUCAGCGGCAGCGCCAGGAACAUGGAGCAGGCCGUCACGCAGUUCUUGGACAUCUUCAACCUGUGCUUGGCGGGCUGCGAAGGCUCGUAUGAAAUCUUGGAGUUCAAAGACUUUUAUCCAACUCUGGCAGAUCUGUUCACCGACGUGCUGAAGUGUAAGGUGAAGUGUGAGGAGCAGCUCACCCCGAGCGUCGGAGGUUUCUUCGUGGAGAAGUUUGUGGCCACCAUGUACCACUACCUCCAGUUUUCAUAUUAUAAACUGAACGACGUAAAGAACGCCGCUCCCUGUGCAGCUAGCUACAUGCUGUUUGACUCCAGCGACCAGGUGAUGCAGCAAAACGUGGCCUAUUAUCGCUUCUACCGGGAACAGUGGGGCCUCCAGGAGGAGGAUUUUCAGCCUCGGCCUGAGGCUCUGAAGUACUUCAACCAGACGAUCAAACAGAAGGAGAUGCUCGAGUUUGCACUGAACUACCUACAAACAGAGGACGAGGGGGUGGUGAGUCCGGAGGACACAGCCAGCAUCCGCUCAGACCAUCCUGAUGCCGAGUUCGAGGGGAUGGGGGACUACGAGGAGGCCUUCCUGGCUGAAUGGUGGCAGGAGCCCAAAACAAAAUGGGACGCUGGCGAGGUGGCCGACUGAUGUCACCUCUGAGCGGAGGGGUUACACGGGCCCCCCUGAAAACACACCAAAGACCUAUCAGA